UGAUGCUGAGGGAGAGCCAAGAGGCGGCUUCUUCAUCGAGCGUUUGAAAUGUCUGCUGCAGCUGAUUUUUGGGCCACUAUGCCGGCAUUUUUUUCAAAUCCGUGCACCGUGAGAUUUGGUCGAAUAACAGGAGACCUGCACAUUUGCCGCCGCUGCCGGUAUGUGAACGACAUCACACACUGAAGGUAAUACAUAUAUUUAAAAAAAAAAAAAAACCAACCCGGCUCUGUGUUUGCUCUUGAAUUUGUUGCGGAAUCUUUUUUUUCUUCUAUAUCUCUCUGUGUGUAUCUUGCAUCAAUUUGAUGCUGCGUGAGGCUGCUGGGCGAUGAUGCAUCGGUGGGGUUUGACUGUGUGAAUUCGCAUCCUAUCAAGUCUAUUUCCCCACCCCCCCCACACCCCCCUGCUUGGAGCUCGGCAAUGUAAAUUCGAGCAAUUGAGCCAGUUUUUCUUGCUGACCCACCUUGCGACAAAAUAAUUUAAAAAAGAAAAAAAAAAAAGAAAAGAAAAAUCAUGCCUUAUUUCGACGCGAGGUGCGAGGAUGCCUGUAGCUGUGAUUGUGUCAUUGCUGCGGCACACUCCGGAGCUCCUCGGCUCAAGUCCGACACAACUAACCUCAGCUGAAGAGAAGAAGACAGCAAGCUGGCAAGUGCUUUACCACCCAACAUAAAGCCAUACGAACCUGUGCAUGUAGCCUAUAUGUGCGAAAAGGCCGAGCGACUGACACUCUCCAGUGAAGCAUCUAUCCCACUAUAGGUUCUGGGGCUUCCCAAGAACUGCCACAACCCUCAAAAUCCGUCUGAGGACUGCUGUGAGCUUACAAGCUUCCUGAUGAUUUUUGGAGGGCAGCCCUGAUGCAUAUUGUGAGUGUGAAAACUCUAAGAGUCUUUUGCCAGGUUUGCAUCACCAGACAGGAGACGGAGCAGACGGUAACUCUGUGUGUGACAUGUUAGAGGCUGGACUCUCGCCCGCUCCCUCCAACCCACAGCCAAAAUCUCUGACCUGCCCUGUCUGAGCCCUUUGUAUGAGCAUCACUGCUUUGCCACAACAGCACAACGGAGAAACGGUGUCAAGCAGUACCAACAAAUUUGCAGACAUUACUGUGUGACUUCUUCAAAAGAUUUGCCUCCCUCCCCUCCCCUCCCCUCAACUCUCAAAAUAAGAGGCACCGGAAACCAGGGUCAGGAUGCAGGUGUCCUUCGCCUGCACUGAGCACAACCUCAAGAGUCGCAGUGAGGACCGACUUUGUGGCCUUCGCACCGCUCCACCUCCUGGUGGGAGCAGUGGAGGAGUAGGGGGCGGCGGUGGAGGAGGAGGUGGUGGUGGCGGUAGUGGAGGAGGAGGCAGCGGAGGAGGUGGAGGAGGAGGUAGCGGACAAGGGAGUAAUGGCAACUACAUCUCCCAAGGCUCAGUCAAGACCAGGGAGGGGCCCGGGUCCCGGCAGACUCCACAGGGCCAUGCCCACAUGAAGGAGGCCAUCGGGCGCCACACCAGUAUGAAGUACAGGAACCUGGGGAAGUCAGGCCUACGCGUUUCCUGCCUCGGGUUAGGCACAUGGGUGACAUUUGGAUCACAGAUCUCUGAUGAGAUGGCUGAGAACCUGAUGACCAUAGCUUAUGAGAACGGAGUGAACCUUUUUGACACGGCAGAGGUGUACGCCUCUGGAAGAGCGGAAAUCACUCUAGGAAACAUUAUCAAGAAGAAAGGAUGGAGGCGUUCAAGUUUUGUCAUCACAACAAAAAUCUACUGGGGAGGCCAAGCAGAGACAGAGAGAGGACUCUCCAGAAAGCACAUCAUUGAAGGUUUAAGAGGAUCCUUAUCAAGACUCCAGCUAGAUUAUGUGGACCUUGUUUUUGCCAACAGGAACGAUGUCAACAGUCCGAUGGAAGAGAUCGUACGGGCCAUGACCUUUGUGAUAAACCAGGGUAUGGCCAUGUACUGGGGAACCUCACGCUGGAGUGCCAUGGAAAUCAUGGAGGCGUACUCGGUGGCACGUCAGUUCAACCUGAUACCACCUGUGUGUGAGCAGGCAGAGUAUCACUAUUUCCAGAGGGAUAAAGUUGAGGUGCAGCUUCCUGAGCUCUACCACAAGAUCGGUGUUGGAGCAAUGACCUGGUCUCCACUUGCUUGUGGAUUAAUCACAGGGAAGUACAGUGAUGGUGUGCCAGAGUGCUCCAGAGCAGCAAUGAAGGGAUACCAGUGGCUGAAGGAGCGAGUGAACAGUGAGGAGGGCCGCAGGCAGCUCGCUAAAAUCAAGGAGCUCCAUCUACUGGCAGACAGACUGGGCUGCACUGCUGCACAGUUAGCCAUAGCCUGGUGUCUGCGCAGUGAGGGAGUCAGCUCAGUACUUCUGGGAGUUUCUAAUACAGACCAGCUACUUGAGAACUUGGGUGCCCUCCGGAUUUUAUCCCAAAUGACCCCUCAAACCAUUACCGAGAUUGAUGCCCUGCUGGGAAAUAAGCCACACUCGAAGAAAGAGUCACGCGCCUGAAGAUGCAAAUCUGAGUGACAGAUGAUGUUUCAAGAAGAUGAAGAAGACAAUGACAUUGGGAAACAUCGCUUUUUGCUCUGCUGUAUACUCAACAACUUGCAUGUCCUCAGCAACAUUAUGCUUCCAGUAUGUGCGCAUAUCCAUUUUGCGCAGUACAUUGUAUCAUGUAUGAAAAAAAGAAAAUCUUUCAAUUGUGAAAAAAACAACAACAAAAAAACAAACAAACAAAAAACUCCCCCCAAAAAACAAAACAGGUCAUAUAUUGCUCACUGCCGAUUGUUCACAGAUUAAUUAUUUCUAGAGGGGGAGGCUAAAACUGGCUGGAGGGACAAGUCUCUGCAAUCCAUAGAGACCAAGAGAGGUCGAAAGACACUCAAAUAAUUUGACUCUUGUUAGUUCUAAAAUGAGACUUUAUGAACGGUGCUUUCAUUGGACAUCUGAGUCUCCUCCUUUCGCAGCUGCCUGUUAUUCUGUAUGAUGUUUAGUACCCAGCAGCCAGAGAGCCAAAGGUUAGUGCUCAUGUGUCUAACCUAACAUUUCCCAUAGUGUGCAUGUGACUGGUCUGCCACGCUCACUGCUUUACAGGGUUGGGAACAAUGGAUUACUUGUAGAGUCAUUACAGUGAUCUGACUGUUAAAAAAAAAAAAACUUAAUCCAGUCUGGUAUUACUUUAAAAAAAAAAGAUCAGAUCACAUGCUUUAAAAAGUAGGCCAAUUCAUU